GCUUCUUUUAUCGUUAUCGAUAAUUUUGCGGUCACAUUGAAAUACAUCUAAAGGUCGUCAAAAUAGUAGACAAAAUAUUGAAAAAUAUCAUUAAAAAAUCGUAUUCUCGAUAUUUCGGCAAAACACACGACGUUAUAAAUAUAUUAAUUUUAUAUGUACAAAGUACCAACAACUUCCACCCAUCGUACCUUCAUAUGAUAUCUUCAUUGCUGCGGCGGGGCAUUCGUAAACCGCAGAUCAGAAUCUGUCUCCAACAAAAUCUCAUCUCCAGGGCUUCUUUACUCUUCUUACAAAUUCGCGGAAUGGAGGACAUUGCUGUGGACGCUUCUAAAAAGAGGGCCGCGCGCACGGCGGUUGACGAGUGGGUCACUGAGGACACCAAGAUCCUGGGCAUCGGUAGCGGCUCCACCAUCGUGUACGCUGUGCAGCGCAUUGCAGAGCGCGUGUGGAAGGAAGGUGAACUGACUGACCUUAUCUGCGUGCCCUCGUCCUACCAGGCCCAUCACUUGAUUCUGGACUACAAUCUCAACUUGGGCGAUCUGGACCGGAAUCCCAACAUCGAUGUGGCCAUCGAUGGAGCCGAUGAAGUGGAUCGUCACAUGGUUUUAAUCAAAGGCGGCGGCGGCUGCUUGCUCCAGGAGAAGGUGGUGGCCUCUUGCGCCAAACACUUCAUCGUGGUGGCCGACUACACCAAGAACUCGAUCAGACUGGGCGAGCAGUGGUGCCGCGGUGUACCCAUCGAGGUGGCCCCCAUGGCCUACGUUCCCGUCAAGCUUCAGAUCGAGGCCCUGUUCGGCGGCGAGGCAUCUUUACGCAUGGCCAAGGUCAAGGCGGGACCGAUUGUCACGGACAAUGGUAACUUUCUGCUGGACUGGAAGUUCAUUGCCAACCGGGAGUACGAUUGGGAUGAGGUAAACAGGGCCAUAACGUUGAUUCCGGGCGUGCUGGAGACGGGGCUGUUCGUGAACAUGGCCCAUAAGUGCUACUUUGGUAUGGCCGAUGGCAAUGUGAAGGUGCAGAACAAGUAGAUAUGUACAGUGGUUAUCAGUUUGAAGUAUGUUUUCAUUAAUAAAUUUUGGAGCGCGGCUCUAGUGCAUUCCCUU